CAUUUCAUGUGGACAUGAGAGAACAAAGAGGUCUGCUGUGGAUUUUGCAUUGUAAGUAUUGACAGAAUUAGCACAACUUUGGAAAGAAGGAACAUAUAUCGAAUCAUAUUAAUAAUAGAUGUGUCUUAAAUCUAAACUUUUUAGCUAAAUGUAUUUUAUGAACAAUAUACUGUCUAAAAGGAACUACUUUUUUUAAACUGAGUGUUCUGGUGUAAAACACUAAAGUAAUAGUAGUUAUGUUGUGGGAAGUGCAGUAGAAGACUGUGGAGUCAAAAUGAUCACCUUCCUUAGCAGUUCCUUUGUCUCACUUCUAGAAUAACAGAAAAAAGGAGAGUGACAACCUUCAAUAUUAACCCUCUCUUCUAGAUUGACCAAUCAGGAGUGACAACCUUCAUUGUUUAAUCCUCUCUUCUAGAUUAACCAAUCAGGAGUGACAACAAUGACAGCAUCAGUCGUCCUCUCUCCCCUGGUGUUCCUGGGUCUCCUGGCUCUGUCUCACCUGGAUGGAGAGUUCACCUGUCGUCUAGGGACUCCAGAAGAAUGUGCUAAUUGUUCCUUUGUGCCUGGCUACAAACUGGCUGGGAUGGGCUAUGAUAUUGUAACAUUGAGACAAAAACGGGCCUCUGUGUUUGAUGUCAAUAGUUACUUGGCUAACUCCUGCACGGUUUGUGUGAACCCACUUAUGGGAGGUCAGCUUCAGAAACUCCCCCUGCAUAUGAAGGACUGGAGGGCCGAAAGUGACUGCAAGAGGAAGACUUUGAGUUCCUACUAUUACUCUGUCAGCUCUCUUGUAGAUGAUAUAGCCUUCUCUGUAGAGAAUGACUGGAAGGCUGGGCUAAAACUGGAGAACAUAGACCUGCAGUUAGCAGGCAGCAAGUCCAAGGUGCACGGCUUUGCAUCCUCACACUCAAAUGCAGACAAGUCUUCCUUCUCCUUUCAGCAGUUGACCUGCUCUGUCUACAGGUCAGGCCAUGUACCAUGAUGUUUGUGAGGUCAUGUAUAUUUAAAUUAUAAGAGCUUGAAGCAAUUGUCCAGCGCUCUCAGCAUACUUCAGCCAUAAUAUGGCUUUUGAAACGCUUCAUAGUUUGCCGUUUCCUAGAGACCAAUAAUUUAUACAUAGUUCCUCCUUGGAUUAUUUUAUCCCAUCAACAACUUCAAUAUACUUUUGAAAGUUUUCCUUUUUUUUUAGCAUUCACUUGGCAACUUAUAAGCAAGGGUCCACAGCUCUGGUCCUUGAGGGUCACAGUCAUGCAUAUUUUCAGCAUGACCUUUUAUUUAAAAGAGACAUCAUUUCCAGGGUGCGACCAGAUGUGCUCUCCAGCCAAUCAGUAAUAGUAAUUAAUAUUAAUUGAUCAAUUACGUACCAGGGAGAAAUGAAAAUCAGCAGGACUGUGCAACUGCAGGGCCUGAAUUGUGCCCCGUGUUCUAUAGGAGAUUUGUACAUUUCUUAUAGCUAACUAAAACAAAGUUCCCAGUUAACGGCCACUCUAACCCUCUUUUAGUUUCAGUGUGCCUGCUAAACCCCCACUUAGCCUGGAUUUCCAGCGGCGCAUAGCUUCUCUGCCACAGGAUUACACAUCCAACAGUGAGGCGUACAAGGACAUCAUUGAUACCUACGGAACCCACUACGUCAGUGAUGGGGGCCUCGGGGGGAUGAUGAAGAGGGUGACUGCCAUUCGCACCUGUCUAGCAACCCUAAACAAGGUCUUUGUGUCCGAUGUGGAAACAUGUCUGGGUAUGGGGUUGGAAUUGGACGUGCCUGUAGGACUGCCCAUAGACUUAGGGGGGGAUUUUUUGGGUGGACAAUGUUCGAAGGUCGCUACCAACUCUGACAGUGCAACAGGGUAUAGCAUGGGCUUCUUAAGCCACCACACGGAAGUGAACGGUGGGAAAACCUUAAAUGGAGUAGCUUCUAUGAGAAAAGCUAAUGUAGAUAGUUUCUUGAAAUGGAUGAAAAGUGUAAAUGAGUUGCCAGAAAUGGUAUCCUUCUCCCUGCAGCCUCUGCAUCAACUGGUUGAUGACAAUCAGACGAGCGCUGAUCUACAAACAGCUAUCAGUCAGUACGUGAUCAGCAAAGGGAUUAAGAGAAAAAAGACAGAGCAUCAAACAUGUAGGGGUUCACCCAACCUCUCUGCUGAUUGCUGCCCCCUGUUGGCAGGGAGAGGCAGUCUAACAGUCUUUGUGGACCGUGGGCUCAGUCUGAGGGGUGACGGGAUGGCUAAACCAGAGGGUUACGUCAAACUGUGGUGUUCAGGUCAGUACAGGCAGACCCGCUGGAUCACUACCUAUGAUCCACUUUGGCAUACACAUUUUGACUUUGGCUAUGUAAACACCCAUUCCUCUCUAGAGCUCCAGGUGUGGGACAAGCACUCAGGAGAACGUGAAGAUGACCACCAGGGUGGGUGUUCUGUAAACCUGGAGCAGGGGAGCCACGGGCAUAGCUGUGGACUCAGUCACGGGAGUUUUGUAUUCUCUUACACAUUAACUUGUGACAAACACCUGACUGGUGAUAAGUGUGACCAAUACUACCCCUCCCCAAACUAGAGGGGGAAUCAAUAGUGAAUAAUCACAGUUAAUCCAGAACUAAAAUCUUGUGUGAUUUGUUACGUAUUCUGUCCACGAGAGAUUAAUAGCGACAGAUUGCAAUGGGAUGAUAAUAUACACUACUGUUUAAAAGUUUGGGGUCACUUAG